UCUGUCUAUACAUCUCACACACGUCAGUCACAUGCACGGUGGUAUGUCAGGGUGUUUACAAUCAAUACCUACGACUCUCACUCUCACCUAAAUGGCUGACCCCCACCCCAUACACCACACAAGUUCCAUGCAUGCAUUGCGUCGAAAAAACGCAUCUACCCAUCUGCAUGUCUCUCUCGCCUUAUUCCUUCCACUACUGUCACCACCUCCCCCACGCCCUCACUCAAGUGCAGUGUCCUUGAUCGCUUAGACCGCCGCGAAAAGCCCCUCCCACCUCCCUCCGUUGGAGUGGCGGCCCUUUGCACCUCAUCAUCGCCGACAGACACCGAUCGAUGCAUUGUUGGCCUGUCGGAAAUGGACGCGUCGGCUGUGCUCGGCUCGUCUGUGGACGCCGGCUGUUGCUUGGGUCGGAUGACCGUGUUGAUCCGCGCCCAAUUGCAGACAAACUGGGUGGGCUUCUGCUUGUUGGGCUCGUCUGCAUGAUAAAUGCGCAGACACACACCAGAUAACGCAUUCGUGUGGGUCUGUCUCUGCCCUGUCGGUGUGCGUCUGUGUGUGUGGCUGUGGUGCGUGAGUGGGUGCGUGGGGUGGGGUGGGUUGCGGCAUUUCAUACUUGGGUCGACAUAAAAGUAGUCGUCAAAGACGGCCUCCCACAUGAUCUUCUCACCUUCCCACGACUCUAGUGCCGUCACCAUACGACCAUUAACGUCCUGAACACACACGGCAGCAUCCAUCCAUCCAUCCGACCAUCCACCCAUCACUCGUGUGGAUGGUCAGUCUCUCUAGCCGCUUACAUCGAAGCCCGACACCCAGACACUGACAGAAUCGAGCCGCUCUUUGAUCUGCUCCAUGUUCAUGCCGGCGAAAGGAUUGUCUGCAGGAACACGGGAACCAAAGUGUCAAUGGAUUCACGUCUGCGUGUGUCGCUUUGCAGGCCUACGCUCGCUCACUUGGCGCGUUGAGGUGUACCCGGACAUUGGUGAUCAUCAUGACGACCGUUGGGGAGAAAUCAAGGCUGACCUCCUUGAACUGACAUUCCCACUCGCCCGUAGACGUCCGUUCAGUCAUCUCGACUGAGACUUUGAAGGCAACACUGCCCAACAACUACACACACACACCACACCACACGAAGCAGGCAAUCGGAGGGGAUGCGGGUGGCCGAUCUGGCUGCUUGCGCAGGUGAGUGACCUGAUCGGCGGACGGGGCGACCCUGAAUUUCGCCCAUAUCUGGCCUUUCUCCCUGUGGUGUUCGUAGACGGUCAUGCGGUCGCUGAAACAGAUGUGCGACCGAGGCCGAGAGAACUUCAUCAACACCAGGCCAGUCCCCAAGACGACCAACAGCUUCGAAAAAAACGACUGAGUGACAGGACAUAAAGCCAACAUAACAUGGACGUGGAUGCAUUGCAACAUAUACGCUCCCCAGCCGCCCAGCCCAGCCCAGCCCAGCCCAGCGCACCGCACCGCACCUGUAUGGCCAGAAUGAUGGUGCCGGUGGGAUCACGAGGACCUACAUAGGUACCCAUUAAUUACAUUCCACACACUCACUGCUCAUGUGAUGUGCCUAUCGGCAUGCUGUGUGCAUCCGCCAUCUGGCCCACCUACCUCCAGGAUAGUUGAUGCCCAUGAAAUUGGCCAGCGAUAUGGCGAAUGCCCGGAGGAAGGGGUCGUGCUGCACAUCAAUCAAGUCGUCGUCAAAGCCAUAAAACGACUGACCAACAGACAGAGAGGUAGCUGUCUUGGCUACCUGGCCGUCCGUGGCCUUUUCUCAAGCGUACGCACUUCUGAUCUGGCCAUGAUGACGAGAGCGAAUGUGAUCGAGAAUGCCGCUGCUAUGGCGAUGACAAGGGUGAGCAGCAGCCACCACGACGACUGAACCACAAACACAACACACGCAGGACAGAAUUUGCAGAACUCAUAAGCAAAUACGGGAUUGAAACAAGCGAUCUUCUGUCACUCACUGCAGACAGACCUUGGCCAGCCAUCUGGUCGGUGACACGUCCCACAGCUUGUUGAUGAUCUUCACCUGGAAAUCCGGAUCACGAAACGCCUGCUUCAACCUGCACACAUCACCACGCGCACACAGGAACGAAUCAUUACACCCACAGUGCAAAACGGGCUGCCCCGCUGAUCUCUGACCUCGUCGCGCCGUCUACGGCCCUCCUGACCCUGGGAUUGUUGUACAGAAUGUUAUACUCACUGGGCUUCAGAUGCGCGAAGUGAUCUUCCCUCUGCGAACGAGUGCUGAUGGUCUGCGAGAGGUUGAACCACCUCAGCGCCCUCUUGAUGGGCGACAUUGCGAAGGAAUUCGGCAGCCUCAGAUGGCCUCAGGAGCG